AUGGGUUCCCUUACGCAGCCUAAGCUUCCUGUUAUAAACUUCUCCGAGAAAAACUUGAAGCCUGGUACAAAUUCUUGGCUAUCAACACGAAAUGAAACUGUGCGAGCUCUGGAAGAGUUUGGCUGUUUCGUAGCAGUGAAUGAUAGAAACACUUCUGAUAAUCAUGGCUAUAUUGGACCUGUGCCUGCAGUCAUUCCUCUCUAUGAAAGCUUGGGCAUAGAAAAUGCAACAACUCUAGAAGGAGCUCAGAAACUCACUAAUGUCUUGUGGCCAUCCGGAAAUGAUUUUGUCUGUGAAACUGUACUUUCCUUCUCAAAGCUAGCAUCGGAAUUAGAUCAAACGGUGAAGAAAAUGGUAUCAGAGAGUUAUGGCAUACAGAAAUACCACGAGCAUCUUCUUGGAUCAACGUGUUACCUGCUUAAACCUAUAAAAUAUAGAGAACCCAAAAUGAAUGAGACUAAUCUUUGUAUCCUCCCCCACACUGACAAUAGCUUCUUCACCACCAUUCUUCAUUAA